CGGGGCGGGAAGGGGAGAACGGAAAGGCUAGGUGCAGCCAUGUGGUGGGUGAGGAGGACCCGCUACUGGUUCUCCACAUUGCUUUACGCGGGCGGAGCCAGGCUCCGGCCGGGGCGGCGCACAGCCUCGGGCGGCCUGGAGACCCCGGGCUCCUGCGGGGCCGAGCUACAAGGCGAGCUGGACAGAUUUGGGGGCGUCUCGGUGCACUUGUCGCGGCACCAUACGUUGCACGGGCUGGAUGCCGCCGCCUUCCGGAGGCUCUUGCAGGCUGCCAUUCAGCAGUGGCGCUCAGAAGGACGGAUAGCUGCCUGGCUACACAUCCCCAUCCUGCAGAGCCACUUCAUUGCCCCUGCUGCUUCCCUGGGCUUUUGCUUCCACCACGCAAAACCCCAUUCCUCAACACUGACUCUGUGGCUGGGAGAAGGACCCAGCAGACUCCCGGGAUAUGCUACACACCAAGUUGGAGUUGCAGUUGAAAAACAUGUGGAAGUUUCCAGGAGGCCUGUCGGAGCCAGGAGAAGAUAUUGGUAUGUACUUGUACAUGUCUGAUAAACUUGAAAAUGUUUACAAAAGUCAUAGCUUUACUUCCCUGCUCUGUAGCUAAGAAUAAGAAUUGGGAGUUUCCAAUUGGUUCACACUAAGUUAGAAAAAUUCAGACAGAUUUCUUCAGAGGGAUACAAAGUUAGCAAGAACUUUCUAACACAGUCAUUUCGCCUGUACAGUUGAUAGCUAUGCGGGAGCCCCUUUCCAAUGGUUCUCUGAGGUCAUCUGGAAGGAAGAGGCUUGAGUUGUUCAUCAGUAUUAGUAAUUAUAAAGAUUUUUUCAAAUAUGGCUACAAUUAUUAAGUUUUGAAGUCUUGACCAUUUUAUCACAGAUUGGUGAAUAAUUUUUAGAUAAAUAAUUUUUAGAUUAAUAAUUUCUAGAUAAAUCUUGAAGUACAGUAAAACUAACUAUAAGGAAAUAGUGAUGUAAAUCUCCUUUGGAAAUUUUGCCAGCUAUUUUGAAUAACAUAAAACAUAAUAAGUUACCUGUGAGAAAGUCUUGAGUGGCAAAUAACAUGUCCCCCCUCCCUCCAAGUCAGCCUGUAGGGAGCUAGGAUGAACUCUGCACUUAGUCACUGAUCUGCAAAGUAUAGAAUCAUGCUGACCCUUAAACCACUAGCUUAAAUUCAACAUCAUCCUUAUUGGUACGUAAUACAUUAGAUACCAAUAUUGUUUCUCAAAGGCCUUUCUUUAAUAUGCACAUUCUUAUUUCUUCUUAACCAGCCACUGUAUUAGAGCAGUCUCCUGUGUUUAUUUUGUUUGAAUAUAUGUUCAUGAGAUCUGAUUUUUAAGUGUUGUACAGAUCAAAAUGCCCUGUAUGUAUUUACAAGUCCAGAUCCUAGCAGCCCAUGAGCAACAUUCAUGACAUUCACACACAGAAAACAAACCCUGGUGUGAGGUUCUCACUGACCUGUUUCCUUAGUUCUCUGGUGGGUAGUCUAGUGACAGUGUGUACUCUGAGGACCUGGGUGUGAUGGCACAUGCCUGCUCCUCACAGCAGAAGGAGGCUGAGGAAGAAGGAAGGUGUAUCAAGGCCCUGUGCUACUCAGACCAUGCUAUGUGCAAACACAUCUGUAUUUUGUAGGGGCACCAGAUACUGAGAGCAAGGGCCAUUUUUUCCCAUUAAAGCUGCCUUCUUCAUUUUCUCUGUCUUUCAAUACUGCCGUUACCUAUGUGGUAUUGAGAGCAUGUGAAUGAGGUAACUCAAGUCUAGUCUUCUCCCCCUCCACACUGGGGGAAGCCAGCUGCAGCCCUGCAUACCUUGUCAAAUGAAUUAAGGUGAGGGUUUAUUCCCUCUUUGAGCUUUAGUAGAUCCUAAGAAUUUCAGGCAGACUUAGAUAUAAAUGAGGGGGAGCAUAUUUUCAAGUUAAAUACGUAUAAAUUCGGGUUUAAGUUUAAUUCCAGAAUCAUUCCUUUAAGCCUAGAUAAUUUUAAAUGUACUACUAGUUUUCUUAAAGUACCUGUGGUUAUCAAAAUAGCUCACCCAUCUGAACUAAAAACAAAAGCAGAAGCUGACAUUCACCAUUCUCCUAGACUUGCCCUUCUCCAGCCUGCUUCUAUAGCACAAUUUGACAGCAUAGUACAAAAUAAAAACUCUCUGAUUGUCUAGAGCAUAUGGAAAUUAUAUUCUUGAAACCUUUGUUUAGGAAGCAUGAAAUAAAAUUUUGGAAUGUUGCCAUCAUGAACAGUUCAACAUUUAUUGGCUGUUAACUAGACUGUUGCAAAAUUCUGGUAAAUAAAUACUAGUUAAUUUGGAAA